AUGCUUCCCACACCAGAUACCUCGCACGUCUCGUACGACCAAAUCUACGAACCCGCCGAAGACUCAUACCUCCUGCUCGACACACUAUCCUCUGCCUCCGAGAUCGCAUUUCUACACUCGCAUUUCAGCUCUGGCACCACACCUCUGGUUGUCGAAGUGGGCACUGGCAGUGGAGUUGUACUUGCCUUCCUCGCUGCCAAUGCAACCGCAAUCUUCAACAGAAGCAUCUGCACACUAGGCACCGAUCUCAAUCGACGAGCAUGCAUAGCUGCAUCAACGACCGUGAACAAAGCUUGCGAGAAAGACGCAGCGUCAUUCUUGACGGUAGCGAAUGGAGAUCUGACGACAGCAAUCAAAGAUGCAGAGGUCGAUGUAUUGGUGUUCAAUCCACCAUACGUGCCCGCCGAACUGCCAGAUCUGGAGGCGCAUGCAAGAUACAACACCAACGACACUCUAUCCUCAUCCGAAGCUUUCGAUCGCGAUUCGCAUUUGCUAGCUUUGAGUUAUGCAGGUGGUGUUGAUGGCAUGGAAGUUACGGAGCGAUUACUCGACGAACUGCCAAGGGUGUUGAGUCAGAGAGGAGUUGCAUACGUGCUAUUUUGCGCUCAGAACAAGCCCGAGGACAUAAAGAGCAAGAUUAGACAAUGGCCUGGCGGCUGGGAAGCCGAGACUGUAGGGAGCUCAGGCAAAAAAGCUGGUUGGGAGAAGCUGUGCAUCGUCAGGAUCACGAGGACGAUGCGAGAUUGA